CUGAUAUGCAAGACAGCCAAUCGAUGCUAUACUCACCUGUGCGGGCGGGGACAGAACAAGAGCCAAUGGGACACGGAGAAAAUAGUGCUAAGGGCCAAUAGGUUGGGCGAGGGGGCGGGCUUCUGGUAAAGGGACGCGGUAGGAAAGAUGGCGCUGACUCUGUUUUCCUCUGGCUGGUGGCAAUACUGGCGGCGGCGUUUGUCGGCUAGGCAUGGGUCCAGGAUGUUGCUUUUUCUUCUUUUGUUGGGGUCUGGGCUGGGGCCACUGCAAGUCGGGGCGGGUCAGGCGUUCGAGUACUUGAAACGGGAGCACUCGCUGUCGAAGCCCUAUCAGGGUGUGGGCACAGGCAGUUCCUCACUGUGGAAUCUGAUGGGCAAUGCCAUGGUGAUGACCCAGUAUAUCCGCCUUACUCCAGAUAUGCAGAGUAAACAGGGUGCCUUGUGGAACCGGGUGCCGUGUUUCCUGAGAGACUGGGAGUUGCAAGUGCACUUCAGGAUCCACGGCCAGGGCAAGAAGAACCUGCAUGGGGAUGGCCUUGCAAUCUGGUACACAAAGGAUCGGAUGCAGCCAGGGCCUGUGUUUGGAAACAUGGACAAAUUUGUGGGGCUGGGAGUAUUUGUAGACACCUACCCCAAUGAGGAGAAGCAGCAAGAGGCCCAGAAGAGGCGAUAUUCUCCAGGAGUCCAGCGGGUGUUCCCCUACAUCUCUGUCAUGGUGAACAACGGUUCCCUCAGCUAUGACCAUGAGCGGGAUGGGCGACCCACGGAGCUGGGGGGCUGCACAGCCAUCGUCCGCAACCUCCAUUACGACACCUUCCUCGUGAUCCGCUAUGUCAAGAGGCAUCUGACGAUCAUGAUAGACAUUGAUGGCAAGCACGAGUGGAGAGACUGCCUGGAGGUGCCUGGUGUCUGGCUGCCCCGAGGGUACUACUUUGGUACCUCCUCCAUCACGGGUGAUCUCUCAGACAAUCACGAUGUCAUUUCCCUGAAGUUGUUUGAGCUGACGGUGGAGAGGACCCCGGAGGAGGAGAAGCUGCAUCGGGAUGUGUUCAUGCCCUCAGUAGACAACAUGAAGCUGCCGGAGAUGACAGCCCCGCUGCAGCCCCUGAGUGGCCUGGCUCUCUUCCUCAUCGUCUUCUUCUCCCUGGUAUUUUCUGUGUUUGCCAUUGUCAUUGGUAUCAUACUCUACAACAAAUGGCAGGAACAGAGCCGAAAGCGUUUCUACUGAGCGCCCACUGCUGCCACCACCUGUAUCAUUCACCUCCAAGGUGUAGAGAAGCGGACCCUGGCCUCAGCCAGCCUGGGUGGGGGCUGUGUUCUGUCACUCCAGCUUUGUGUGAAGACACUGCCUUCCCACAGUCAUCCACAGGGACAUCCUGCUCUGGCCCAUGAAGCUGCUGCAACGUGCCUUUCCCUGGAGUCCUUCUGCUGGGAGUGAAGAGGUGUGGAGAGAACAUGUGCACUGUGAUGCCCCAGUGCCUGCCCAGACCAGGGAGGCUUGGACAGCUACAUUCUUAAUCCACACAGAGCAGGAAGCUGCUCUCACUUUCAGGAUGUUCACUUAAUAGUUUUUGCUCUUUGCCCAACCUUCUGCCCAUUGAGGAGAUCCCCAUGGAAAUCUGGGUGGAAACUUCUUUCCUGCAUCCUUUCCUCCCUCUACUCAUCCUCGCUAUGUGCAACCUGAGCUGGGCGCCUCUAUGGGGCUGCAGAGCAGACUGAGGUUUCACGGACCCUCCCUGGUGGCCUGGGGCUUUCUGCAGCUCUGUCCUCUUUAGGGGCCGUGGGUAUGUUGGAAUGUCCAGGACCCUCUGUGCUACGUUUGGCUGGCAGUCAGCUGCAGGUUGAGAGAAGAUUGUGAAGCUGAGCUGGUGUAGGUUUGCCACAGAAAAUGGACUUUAUCAUGUGCCUCUGGACCCACUGGAGUCUGCUUAUCUGCAUGUUCUUGUUGAUCAUGAUUUUGGGAAAUCUGCUUUGAAUAUUGGAAGUGUAAGGAAGCUUUCUUCUUACUAUCUAGCCUUGGGUACCCCCGCAACAGGAAAUCUAUCUUCUUUUUCUUAAUGGAGAAGAAAUAAUUGCUGUUCUUAUUUGGUAAGCCUAGGAGCAAACAGCCUCCUCUGUGCCUGGAAGAGCUUGUGAUCAUGAACCUGUGUGAUGGCCUUACAUGUUGACCCUUUCUCCACUGCAUUAUCUGACAAGAAUCAUAUGCUGCUCGCCUGUCUUCCCUGUGACUGAGGUGGUUUGGGUCAGGAUCAGGCCUCUAUAACCUAAGGGAAAUUCUAAAGUGGCUGAGGGAACCAGUCCUAAGCUUCUGACUCUGUCCUUCCUUUUGGGCUGGGUUAGCAGGUGUCCAGGCCUUUUUCUCGAACCUCAGACCCAUUGCUUUUCCUCUGUCUUCUGCAGGGGAAGGCCCUGGGCUCAGCACAGAAGGGCUCCGCUGCCAUCAGGGGCCUUCUGCCUUGCCUGGAGCAGGACUGUGUGUGGCACAAAG